AUGAACCUCAACUUCACCUCGCCAGUGCAUCCCGUCUCCGCGCCCAGGCCCACAUCCUUCUUCAUAGAGGACAUCCUGCUGCACAAGCCCAAACCCUUGCGGGAGGUGCCCCCCGAGCACUUCCCCGGCUCCUUGGCCUCUCGCGUCCCCCUCUUGGACUAUGGGUACCCCCUGAUGCCAACCCCGACCCUCCUGGCGCCUCACCCGCACCCUGCGCUGCACAAGCCGGAGCAUCACCAUCACCCCUAUUUCCUCACCACCUCGGGAAUGCCCGUGCCAGCCCUCUUCCAGCCCCACGCUCACGCCGAGCUGCCAGGCAAGCAUUGCCGUCGCCGCAAAGCCCGCACCGUCUUCUCCGACUCGCAGCUCUCCGGCUUGGAGAAGAGGUUUGAGAUCCAGCGAUACCUCUCCACGCCCGAGCGGGUGGAGCUGGCCACGGCACUCAGCCUCUCCGAGACCCAGGUGAAAACGUGGUUCCAGAACCGGCGGAUGAAGCACAAAAAGCAGCUGCGGAAAACCCAGGAGGAUCCCAAGCACCUGGGAAGCGAGGAGAACCGGGAGCAGAGCUCCCCCGAACCCGAGCUGCCAGAGGCGGCCGGCACCGAGCCCCGCAAGGGUCCUCCAGGCCCAUUCCUGCUCCAGGACCCUGAGGAUGAGGUGGACAUCCUGGAGGAGGGAGACCUCUGCGCCGGUCCCCAUCGCCUCUAG